AUGCACUGGUCCUCCUGUCUAACACUGAGUCACAGCAAAAUACGGCGUGUCAAGUGCGGCGAAGAGAAACCCGCAUGUCUGAGAUGCACAUCCACAGGUCGCACAUGCGACGGCUACGACAAGGGUGCGCCGAGCCGCCACCGUACUCAGGAGACCCUCCGCAGUCUUGAGAUUGCCAAGAGGGAGUUCCUCAAGACCUACCAAUGGAACGACGCCUUCCGUUCCAUGCGCCCAUUGAUUGCCGAUAUCGACGGCACUGAGACCGAGAGGCGCUUCUUUCACAAGUUCAGGACCGUCUCCUCGGGCGGUCUCGCAAAUCAUGUACUUAACUUUACAGACUUCUUUGCGCGGAUAUGUCCGCAGAUGAGCCACCAGGACGAAGCAGUGAAGCACGCCAUGGUUGCCCUCGGCGCCGCGUACCACCAGUUCCAGAUCCCAGAGGGUGCCUCACCAACCGACUGUGACGAGGUCGAGGUGUUCACCAUCGAGCAGUACACCAAGUCACUGUCUAAACUACAGAAACAUGUCGCCUCACCCUCAGACGACAGCACACGCCUCUUCCUCGUGUGCUGUCUCGCUUUCAUCUGUCUCGAGUCUCUACGCUCUAACCAUACCGCAGCGUUGACUCAUCUAAGAAACGGGCUGAACAUCAUCGGCUCAUUACCGGACUGCUACUUUGAAUUCCUAGCCGACGACAACAAGGCGUCACGGGGCGUAUAUUCCGGCGACCUAGACAUGCAGGACAUCAUCAUGAUAUUUGCUCGACUCGAGAUAUCAGCAUCAUUUUUCGCCGACCAGGUCAAGCCGGUCAUCGCCAUCAAGUCAUACAACCUGCGUAAGAUGUACGACGGCUCAGAGAUGCAGGACUUCAAGGACUUAUGGGACGUCCACAAGCAGGAGCUUGCCUAUUUUAGGGACAUCCAUGGGCGGAUGUACGAGACGGACGGUCGCUCGGGUGACCUCGAAUUCUGGUCACGACCGGAGGAGAGCGCGCAGCAGUUUCGGCUGGCAGCCCGGACGAGAAAGCUUGAGUUGCUCUUCAAGAGGUUCAUGUCGUCACCGAAAGCCCCGCGACCCGGCACGUCUGAGUACUUCUCACUGCAUGUUGACUGGCUGCACUUUCGUUGUGCCAGCCUCUUCCUGAACGGCAUGACUGGCCUGGACCCGGAGACGCUGCAAGCCAAGUGCCCCGAGCCUGCCAAGUCGGACCAGGCCAUCAUCAAGGAGAUGUUCGUCACAGGGAACAUGCUGUACCAGAACUACCACAAGCGGUCGCGCACGCAAAAGGCGCGGGGAUACACCUACGACGCGGGCAUAGUGGGGCCGCUGUAUUAUGUGUCGAUAUCGUCCGAGGACGCCACGAUCCGCAACAAGUCGCUGAAGCUGCUGCGGGAGAUCCACGUGCGCGAGGGCUUCUGGGACGGGCCGGAGAUGCAGAACCUGGUGAAGCAGGUGGGCCAGGCCAUCGAGGGGGAGAAGUGGCCGUUCGAGGAGGUCCCGCGGACCCUGACGGGCCUCGGGUCGGUGCCUGGCAUCUACGACACGCUGGCGAGGUUGGACCUGUCGUCUGACAGCGAGUCGCCGGACAGCAGGAUAAGUGCUUAA